AUGGGUUCAGAACCCCCAAAACGAGCUCGGAUCACCCCGAAACGGGCUCGGAAUCCCCCAAAACAGGUCCGGAUCCCCCCAAAACGGGUUUGGAACCUCCAAAACGGGUCUGGAUCCCCCCAAAAUGGGCCCGGAUCCCACCAAAACGGGUCCAGAUCCCCCAAAACGGGUCCGGAUUCCCCUGAAACGGGCUCGGAUUCCCCCAAAAUGGGCUCAGAUCCCCUGAAAAUGGGCUCGGAUCCCCUAAAACGGGUUCGGAACCCCCCAAACGGACUCGGAUCUCCCCAAAACGAACUUGGAGGCCCCAAAAUGGGCUCGAAACCCCCAAAACGGGUCCGGAUCCCCCCAAAAUGGGCUCAGAACCCCCCAGUAUGGGUUCGGAUCCCCCCAAAACGGGUUCGGAUCCUCCCAAAACGAGUCCCGAUCCCCCCCCAAACGGGCUCGGAUCCCCCCAGAUGGGUUUGGAUCCCCCCAAACCGGGCUCAGAACCCCCCAAAACGGGUUCGGAUUCCCCCAAAACUGGUCCGGAUUCCCCUGAAACGGGCUCGCAUCCCCCAAAAUGGCCUUGGAUCCCCCAAAACGGGUUUGGAUCCCCCCAAAAUGGAUUCGGAUUCCCCCAAAACAGGCUCGGAUCCCCCCCAAACGGGUCUAGAUCCCCCCAAAAUGGCUCCGGCUGCUCCCCAACGGGCGCCCGUGCGCUUGGCUCAGGGUCCCCACGGCUGCGCCGGCCGGGUCGAGGUCUUCCACGAGGGCCAAUGGGGGACGGUGUGCGGCGAGCGCUGGGAUCUCCGGGCCGCGGCCGUGGUGUGCCGGGAGCUGGGAUGCGGCCCCGCGAGCGCCGCCUCCGGAGCCGGCCGCUUCGGGAUGCGAUCGGGACCAGUGCGGUUGGAAGGGGUCAACUGCAGCGGGAUGGAGGCGGCGCUGGCAUCCUGCGGGAGCGAGGGCUGGGGGAAGAGCGGAUGCGGCGAGGAUGCCGCGGUGGUGUGCGCAGACACCUCCAACCACCCCAUUCCCACCCGCACCAGCCCCAUAGAGCUCCGCCUGGUCAACGGCUCCGACCGCUGCUCGGGGAGGCUGGAAGUGCGGCAGGAUUCCCAAUGGGAAACCGUUUGUGAUGGAACCUGGAGCAUCCCCGAGGCCACCGUGGUGUGCCGGGAGCUGGGCUGUGGGGCCGUGGCCUCAGCCUAUGGGGGAGCUCACUUCGGCCAAGGCUCCGGUCCCAUCUGGCUCCACCGCAUCCAAUGCAACGGGAGCGAAGCCGCCCUGGCCCAGUGCUUGGCCCAACCCUGGGGUACCAACGACUGCCACCACGGACGCGAUGCUGGGGUCAUCUGUGCAGACGCCGACUCUUCCAAGCAGCAACCUCUGCGUUUGGUGAACGGCUCCAACCCAUGCGUGGGCCGAGUCGAGGUCUUCCACGACAAGAAGUGGGGCACGGUGUGCGACGACGCCUGGGACCUGCGCGACGCCGCCGUGGUCUGCCGGCAGCUGGGCUGCGGCGUGGCCGUGGCCGCCCCGGGCUCGGCUCACUUCGGCCCCGGCGCUGAUCGCAUCUGGCUCGACGACGUCCACUGCGCUGGCACCGAGGCCGCGCUGAGCCAAUGCGAGCUCCACGCCUGGGGGGAGCACAACUGCAGGCACAGCGAGGACGCCGCCGUGGUCUGCUCAGGCCCCAACCCCUUGCAGCUGCGGGUGCAGGACGGCGCCGGGCCCUGCGCGGGGCGGCUGGAGGUGCUCUACAACGGGACCUGGCUCGGGGUGUGCGGCACCGGCUGGAGCCUGCUGGAGGCCGCCGUGGCCUGCAGGCAGCUGGGCUGCGGGGCGGCGCAGGCAGCACCCAUGGGUGGCCCUCUGGACCGGGAACACCACCGGGUGCUGCUGGAGGGGCUGAGCUGCCGCGGCACCGAGAUGCUGCUCCCCGAGUGCCUGCAGAGGCACGCGGGACCGGGCCCGUGCCCAAUGGGCUCGGUGGCCUCCGUGGUGUGCGCCGAGCAGGAAGGAGGGGUCGAUCCCUGCCCGGUGCUGGCCGGACUCCUUGGCAUGGGGAUGCUGCUCUGCGGGACCCUCUUGAUCCUCUACCUCUGGGCGAGGUGUGGGCGAUGGGGUGGACGCUUCAGGGACAAACCCCUCCUAAAGAGGAUGCAGGACACCGGGACGGCAUCCGAGGCGUAGGAAGGCAAGGCUCCAUCAAGACCCCCGGGGGACCCCAUCCGGUGGAGCCAGCAGAGCAGGGGCUGCCACGCUCAGCAGAGGGGAUGGAUCCCUCUGCCCCAUAGCCCCGUAGCCCCAUAGCUCACUGCUUGGAGUCCCUGUGGGUCCCAGUUCCUCUGGGCAGCGCCAAGUCCCCCGGUCUCCAAAGUCUUCCCACGUUUACCCCCACCUGUCCUUUGGGAAGGCUCCAGAAUCCUAAUCCCAUCUGCACAGCCUCCUCAUUCCCAUCCCUAUAACCAAUAUAAUCCCUAUUUGCAUCCCUAUAACCACUAUAAUCCUUAUUCCCAUCCCUAUAACCACUAUAAUCCCUAUUUCCAUCCCUAUAACCGAUAUAAUCCCUAUUCCCAUCCUUAUAACAUCUAUAACCCUCCUUCCCAUCCCUAUAACCACUAUAAUCCUUAUUCCCAUCCCUAUAACCACUAUAAUCCCUAUUUCCAUCCCUAUAACCGAUAUAAUCCCUAUUCCCA